AGUAACUCGGAGCGGCAGCGGCGGUGGAGGCUGCAGUGAGAGAAGGAGGUGGCGGCGGCGAUUGCCGUCGGGUUUGGGGUGGCUUUUCAGGACUGGGUCCGGAUCAGUUCGGCACCCGUUACCUCGCCGCGCCCUCCUCCGGUCCUAUCCUGAACCGAGUGUGCCAGGCCUCGGUCAUUCCCUGCCCCAGAUUGUUGUCAUUCAGAAAUGCACCAGUUCCAGAACCUGGUUAAGUUGUAUUAUCUGUGAAUCAGAUUUUUCUUUGUUUAGCUUCUGGCUUAAGCUGCCUUCUGAAACACCUCCUCCCUACCUGGAUUUCCAUGAGGACAGUCUUGCAAGGUGUGGAUGGCCUUUCUGUAGCUGCUUGGCACUUGUGAUCUGGUGUCUGUCGGUGACUCAUUUCUCUGCACUGGAACAGUUGAAGCCAUGAAGGUUGUACCAGAGAAGAAUGCUGUGCGAAUCCUGUGGGGCCGAGAACGAGGCACCCAAGCUUUGGGAGCACAACGUCUUCUGCAGGAAUUAGUAGAAGACAAAACCCGGUGGAUGAAAUGGGAGGGAAAGAAGGUUGAGCUACCAGACAGCCCUCGCUCCACUUUCUUACUUGCGUUCAGCCCAGACAGGACCCUCAUGGCUUCUACUCAUGUGAAUCACAAUAUUUACAUCACAGAGGUGAAAACGGGCAAGUGUGUUCACUCUUUAGUUGGGCAUCGGCGCACACCAUGGUGCGUAACCUUUCAUCCGACCAUCCCAGGACUUAUCGCUUCAGGGUGCCUUGAUGGAGAGGUUAGGAUUUGGGAUUUACAUGGUGGAAGUGAGAGCUGGUUUACAGACAGUAACAAUGCCAUUGCGUCCUUGGCUUUCCAUCCAACUGCCCAACUUCUGCUAAUUGCGACAGCCAAUGAGAUCCACUUUUGGGACUGGAGUCGCCGGGAGCCUUUUGCAGUUGUGAAGACAGCCAGUGAAAUGGAGCGGGUUCGACUAGUACGAUUUGAUCCCCUUGGGCAUUAUUUACUCACAGCAAUCGUUAACCCUUCCAACCAGCAGAAUGAUGAAGAAGUAGAAAUACCUGUGGAUAGUACAGAAAUGCCACAUUAUCGCCAGCGUUCCAUUCUCCAGUCUCAGCCCGUGAGACGUACACCACUCCUCCAUAAUUUCCUGCAUAUGCUGUCUUCACGCUCCUCUGGUAUCCAGGACAAUGCCCCUUCCACAUCUUCUGGAUCCACUGGCACUUCAUUUUCUUCUGUGCAAAUGGAGCCUUACCAGCCCCAGGAUCAGGCAUCUACAACACAGCAGGAGCAGGGACUUCUUAACAGACCAUCUGCUUUCAGCACUGUGCAGAGCAGCACUGCUGGCAACACCCUGCGCAACCUUAGCCUGGGUCCCACUCGUAGAUCCCUUGGUGGGUCUUUGUCUGCCCACCCAUCCAGGUACCACCAGUCUACAAGAGAGAUGGCCUCUGGAUUAGAGGGGUCAGAUUGGACUCGAACAGUGUUGAACAUGGGCUCUCGCUCUGAGUUGGAAGGUAUGCCUCCUCCUAGGACCAGUGCCUCGUCAGUGAGUUUGCUGUCAGUACUGAGACAGCAGGAAGGAAGCUCCCAGUCUUCUGUAUAUACUUCAGCUACGGAAGGAAGGGGCUUUCCAGCUCCUGGAGUUGAAGCAGACAGCACCAGCAGUGCUGGCCCAAGCAAUCCAACCAGCAUUCGCAAUGAAUUUCAGUGUGACUUGAGGCGGUUCUUCUUGGAAUAUGACAGGCUUCAGGAGCUGGAUCAGGGUAUAGGCAGUGAACCCGCUCAGUCACAUCAGGCCCAGGAGAUGCUCAACAAUAACCUUGAGCCUGAGAGGCCUGGCCCGUCACAUCAACAGACACCACAUAGCAGUGAAAACAAUUCGAAUUUGUCACGGGGGCACCUGAAUCGUUGUCGUGCCUGUCACAACCUGCUGACUUUUAACAAUGAUACACUUCGCUGGGAAAGAAGCACCCCCAGCUAUGCACCAGGGCCUGUCCAAAGCACACUUGAGGGCAUGCCAUCCAGCAGCAGCCAGCUGCUGCCUUCUGAGAGAACAGAAAGCAGAGCUCCUCCCACUAGCAGGCUGCCACUGGGAAGAUCUUCUGACCCACCUGAGGAAAGGACUGUGGGAGUGGUGUUUAACCAGGAGACGGGGCACUGUGAAAGAGUUUACAGCCAAUCUGCUUCAAACAGACCUGGGAAUGUAUCACAGGACGCCUUAAACCAGGAAAUGCCUGAGGAAAGUUCAGAGGAGGAUUCACUCAGGAGGAGGCUGCUGGAAUCUUCUCUUAUUUCGCUAUCCCGUUAUGACGGGGCAGGAUCUCGGGAGCAUCCGAUCUAUCCUGAUCCAGCUAGGUUAUCUCCUGCUGCUUAUUAUGCCCAGAGAAUGAUCCAGUAUCUUUCGCGCAGAGAUAGUAUUCGCCAGCGCUCCAUGAGGUAUCAGCAAAAUCGGCUCCGUUCUUCCUCAUCUUCUGCUUCCACUUCUGAGGCUUCAGGACCAUCGGUAGAAGGAAAUGAUCUGGAAUUCGAAGACUUUGAGGACAAUGGAGACAGAUCAAGGCACCGAGCCCCUCGGAAUGCUCGCAUGUCUGCACCAUCCCUUGGACGUUUUGUCCCCAGGCGUUUCUUGCUGCCAGAGUACUUGCCUUAUGCUGGGAUUUUUCAUGAACGUGGACAGCCUGGUUUGGCCACUCACUCCUCUGUUAACAGGGUCUUGGCAGGAGCUGUGAUUGGAGAUGGACAGUCUGCUGUGGCCAGCAACAUUGCCAACACCACCUACCGGCUUCAGUGGUGGGAUUUCACCAAAUUUGACUUACCUGAAAUAAGCAAUGCCUCUGUGAAUGUCCUAGUGCAGAAUUGCAAGAUAUACAACGAUGCCAGUUGUGAUAUCUCUGCAGAUGGGCAGCUCCUGGCAGCAUUCAUUCCUAGCAGUCAGCGGGGCUUCCCUGAUGAAGGAAUACUGGCAGUGUAUUCUCUUGCACCACACAACUUGGGGGAGAUGCUGUACACAAAACGAUUUGGCCCCAAUGCUAUUUCUGUGAGCCUGUCCCCAAUGGGCAGGUAUGUCAUGGUAGGAUUGGCUUCCCGCCGAAUCUUGCUCCACCCUUCCACAGAACACAUGGUGGCUCAGGUCUUCAGGCUUCAACAGCCACAUGGAGGAGAGACCUCAAUGCGGCUUCACUCUAGCAAUGCAAAAGCUUUACAGAUAAUAUAUGAAAAGUAUAUGAAUGGCUGCAUAAAGUGA